CACAACUUGAUGGACGCUUCCAUCUCCUCCGGCCAACCCGAAUCGAUUUCGUUGGACGAACACCUUUCAUACCCGGUGUUCUCCCAGGAGCAAGAUGGAGAACAAGUCAUCGCAAAAGAAGCCCGGCAGACUCUGCAAGAUCGUCUCUAUGUCGGCAAUUUACACCCAAGCGUUGACGAGUUGCACCAUGUCCUCCAGUGUCCAGGGCACCAUCUUAAAUGUUUGCCCAGAUACGCCCUCCUCCAAAUAUUUUCCAAGUUCGGCAGAAUAACCAAGCUCGACUUUCUCUUCCACAAAACUGGGGCUCUCAAGGGCAAGCCGCGUGGAUUUGCGUUCGUGGAAUAUGGGAGCAGUGAUGAUGCCCUCAGGGCGUUGGGCUCGGCACACGAUAAACUCGUACGAGGACGAAGGCUGGUCGUGACGUUCGCACAGCAAGCGCCGUUAGACCCUGCUACCGGACUCCCGAAGGCACGAAGGUCUAUGGCGGAAGCUGGGCGUCCAACCACACUCAGCAUGAUCAAAUCAGGCGCAGGGAGUCGACAUGGAGGAACGCACGACAAGAUUGCGAUGAUGGAGGCAAAACUGCGGCAGAUGGAACGGGCCGAAGAGUCCGAGUCGCUGGUCCAUCAUCCUUCCCUACCCCCUAAGCCUCUGCCCUCUGACUUACCAGUCAAUCCCGGACUGCACUCUACCGAUAUUGCUGCGAGACAACGACAGACGCAGUCACCACUUCCCAUGCCACCGAAAGUGCCACCGCCGCUGUCGUCGAGUACAAUUUCCUCAAAUAAGGUAAAACCUGCCGUCCGCAAGGCGGGUGCUUUGACUGGGAUCAAAUUUGGAAAACCGAAACCGAAAGCGGAAGAGAAAUCAUCGUGACCACUGUACAAUAAUAUAACACACAUGCUGUAUAUCAUACUUUCUGGGUUAAUGCU